CGCGCGGGGCGGAACAGCCAGAGUCGUCGCUGCAGCCACCGCGGGAGGCGUCCUCGACAAGAUGAAGCUCAUCAUCCUAGACCACUAUUCUGAGGCCAGCGAGUGGGCAGCCAAAUACAUCAGGAACCGCAUCAUCCAGUUUAACCCAGGGCCAGACAAGUACUUCACCCUUGGGCUUCCCACUGGGAGCACCCCACUUGGCUGCUAUAAAAAGCUUAUUGAAUACUACCAGAACGGAGACCUCUCCUUCAAGUAUGUGAAGACUUUUAACAUGGAUGAGUAUGUGGGCCUUCCUCGAGACCACCCCGAGAGUUACCACUCCUUCAUGUGGAAUAACUUCUUCAAGCACAUUGACAUCGACCCAGGAAACACCCAUAUUCUGGAUGGGAAUGCAGCUGACCUGCAGGCUGAGUGUGACGCCUUUGAAGAGAAGAUUGCAGCUGCAGGUGGGAUCGAGCUGUUUGUUGGAGGAAUCGGCCCCGAUGGACACAUUGCCUUCAACGAGCCAGGCUCCAGUCUGGUGUCCAGGACCCGUGUAAAGACACUGGCCAUGGAUACCAUCCUGGCCAACGCUAGGUUCUUCCAUGGAGAUCUCUCCCAGGUGCCCACCAUGGCCCUGACGGUGGGUGUGGGCACUGUCAUGGAUGCUAGAGAGGUGAUGAUCCUCAUCACCGGUGCUCACAAGGCAUUUGCAUUGUACAAGGCCAUCGAGGAGGGCGUGAACCAUAUGUGGACCGUAUCUGCCUUCCAGCAGCAUCCCCGUACAGUGUUUGUGUGUGAUGAGGAUGCUACCUUGGAGCUAAAAGUGAAGACUGUCAAGUAUUUCAAAGGUUUAAUGCUUGUUCAUACCAAAUUGGUGGACCCCUUGUAUAGUAUUAAAGAGAAAGAAGCAGAGAAAAGCCAGUCUUCCAAGAAACCAUAUAGUGAUUAGCCUGUGCUGGAACCUCCUGUCAAGUACCUCAUUGGGCCAAGUGGGUCCUUCUGGAAAUUGUCUUUAAGAGAACAGAAGUGUAUUUCUUUUAUCUGGUAUGGUUACUCCAGAUAAGUGGGUAAACAUGUUGAUCUUGGCUGUGAGGCUUGGAGCCUCAUCAUGGAGUUUAGCUAUAAGGGGAAUAGCUUGAUUAUGAUUAUAACUUAAGCUUCUUAAUCAGAAAAAAAAAAUCUCUGAAAAAUGUA